GGCCGGCCUCGGGCGGAAGUCGGGAGGGUCGGUGGUCCGAAGACGCUGGCUUGUCACGGGGCGGGGUAGAAGGACGGCCUGCGUAGAGGUUGCCUCUCCAUCCCUCCGCACCCCGGGGCCCUCGGAAAAAACCCAACACCCCGACCCCGCGGCUAGCCCCUUCCCCCAGGCUCUCUCCGCUCGAUUUCGCCACCGUUAUGUGGGAAGCGAAUCCGCAGCCAGUCAACUUUAAAACAUGAAGGAAAAAUCCAGAAAAUAAUCAUAAAGCAGUCCUUGGAGAAGUUUCCAAACAUGAAUAAAAAAUAACAAGCCCCCUUCAUUGAGCUCAGGAGACAUUUCAGAAAGCAGAGGAAUUCCUACCCAAGAGGACUGAUAGAGAGAUGGACGAGAUGGACACGUCGGACACUCAGUGGGGCUGGUUUUAUCUGGCCGAGUGCGGGAAGUGGCACAUGUUUCAGCCGGAUACCAACAUUCAGUGUUCAGUUAGCAGUGAAGAUAUCGAAAAAAGCUUCAAAACAAACCCUUGUGGCUCGAUUUCUUUUACUACUUCCAAAUUCAGCUACAAGAUAGACUUUGCAGAAAUGAAGCAAAUGAAUCUCAUCACUGGAAAACAGCGCUUAAUAAAAAGAGCCCCCUUUUCUAUCAGUGCUUUCAGUUACAUCUGUGAAAAUGAGGCCAUCCCCAUGCCCCCGCACUGGGAGAACGUGAACACUGACGUGCCCUAUCAGCUGGUUCCUUUGCACAGUCAAACACUCGAGUAUAACGAAGUUGCCAGUCUCUUUGGGAAAACAAUGGACCGCAGCAGAAUUAAAAGAAUUCAGAGAAUUCAAAACCUGGACUUGUGGGAGUUCUUCUGCAGGAAAAAGGCUCAGCUCAAGAAGAAAAGAGGCGUGCCUCAGAUUAAUGAACAAAUGCUCUUUCAUGGUACCAGCAGUGAAUUUGUGGAAGCAAUUUGCAUUCAUAACUUCGACUGGAGAAUAAAUGGUAUACAUGGUGCUCUCUUUGGGAAAGGAACCUAUUUUGCUAGAGAUGCUGCUUACUCCAGUCGCUUCUGCAAAGACGACAUAAAACAUGGAAACACAUUCCAAAUUCAUGGCAUAAGCUUGCAACAGCGGCAUCUGUUUAGAACGUAUAAAUCUAUGUUUCUCGCUCGAGUGCUAAUUGGAGAUUACAUAAAUGGAGACUCCAAAUACAUGCGACCUCCUUCCAAAGACGGGAGCUAUGUGAAUUUAUAUGACAGCUGUGUGGAUGAUACCUGGGACCCAAAGAUCUUUGUGGUGUUUGAUGCCAACCAGAUCUAUCCUGAGUACUUAAUAGACUUUUAUUGAUUUCACUUCCAAAUCUCAGUGGUCAAGCAAGUUCUGUGCUUUUUUUGCAGGAAGAUUUGUUCUCCUGUCAUCUAGCCACUAAAAUGUUCACUAUCUGAUACUUUUGAAACAGAUAUGAAAAAAAGUGGUCUCCAUAUAAAAAGACAUACUGACUUUAAGGUUGGUUUUUUGUUGUUUUGUUUUUGUCCGUUGCUCGUAGUCUUGUUUGUUAAAGAUUGAUGCCAUUGCCGUUUUACCACAGGGUUCUCGAGAAAGCGCUCAAAACUGAAUCAGCGGAGUCUCAAUUAACAUGAUCAUUCAGAGUCUGUAAAGUUUAUGUGUGUGUUAUAUUUAUUCAUAUAUAUAUAUAUAUGUCCAAAAAAUAAAAAAAACAAACAGACAUAACUGUGUCCCUUCAGAGGAAUUGAUCCUUUGUAAAUUGAAUCCUGACAUUAUUGUUCACCAAUCAGUAUGUCGUCUUGUUGGUCUUCCGAAGCGGGGAUUUGAAAACCUCGAAGCAGGCUGAGUAUUAUGGGAGAAAUCAGAAGUAAAAACAUUAUUUACAGAGCUGCUAGACCAGCCAAAAGGAGAAAAUCAAGGUAGAGUGUCCCGCUUCUGAUUGCCCUGGGAGAGCAGGCUUCAGUCUCAGACGGCACAUGUCAUUCUCUUAUCCCUUACAUCAGAAUUGGCAAGUGCUACAGACUGUAAUUAGCCACAGUUCACCACCCCCUCCCUGGGCUCUUGAAUUCUUGUACACAGUGCUUUUUGCCUCUUCGAAGUGAAACAUUUAUUUCUUUCCCAAAACAUGUAUUUUCCCUUUGCUUUGGGGUCCCUAUAAUAAUCAUUUGUAAGAUUUCUUAUCUGCUCACCACUACACACAGCUAUUCAACAAGAUUCAUAAUAUUCACAUUCUUAAAAGUUGUAUCUCCCCAUUUCAAAUCAUUGCAGAACAUAUGUGGUGCUUGGAACAAAUCUGGUUUAGUGUUUCGAGUAGUUAAUUGACAAGCUGCUAACUCUUGAAAGUUAGAUCUAGUUCAUAAUCAUGUGUAAUGGAAGUUUGUUUACCUGUUCCACAUGUUGUGCUCUUAUUCUAUUCUAAAGAAGAAUAAGUAAUGUUGGAACAGCUUCCUGCUCCUAGCAGUAUUCUGGCAGAGGCUAGACAACAAUUUGGCAGAAAUGUCAUACAAGAGUUCAGGUGUCACAUGGAAGAAUCAGCCAUAUGAUUGUUGAGUUUUCCCAACUUGAUUUUUCAUGAUUAUCCCUGAAAAAAAAGAACACUUGUAUCAAGCCUUGCCAGGAAACCUUUUCCUAGCUCAAUCUAAUACUGAAUUCUCUCUCCAUUAUCCUUAUUCAGUUUUGGCUGAGAGGUUGUGAAUGUAAUUUAACUUCUCAGGAAAAAGCCAAUAAGUGUCCAUGCCUGUGUUGUCCAUUUCCAUCAUUUCUGUUAGGAAGGCAUCUAGAAAUAAUAAAAAUGUAGAGUAUGGAGCAAGAUGAGACAUAGUAAUUCUUCAACUGCCAUAUAUCCCCAGAUUUUUAUUGUAGCCCAGAAUAUAUGUAACUGUACAGUUGAAAGUAAAUAGUAUGCAGGAAACUGUUAUGCACAAUAUUUUGAAACCAAGCAGCAACAAAGAUUUCCUGACUCAGAUGUACGUGCUAACAGCCAAUUUACAUGAAAUGCUGUGAAUAUUUAGGAAGAGCCCAUUUUAGAAACAGGCAGAGAUUAUCAUGGAAAUAAUGGGGAGAAAAGUCACCAGGCUGCCUUGUGAGGGGUAGCUAACUGUUACUCUAGGCACAUUUCACAAAAGAACAAUCUUAGAGAUGCUAGGAAUUCAGGUUUUGAAAAUCUUUAUUUGUUACUUAUUUGUUAUUUACACACACACACAAUGUUAUAGUAAUCUCCAUUUCAACAUGGCUUCCUUUUUUUCAACUUAACACAAUCACCUUUCCCAUCACUCAAAUGGAGUCACUGUUGUAGCAUUUGGGAGUUAUUCUUGUAGUUGUGCAGAUCUUAUCUCAAGGUGUGACUAAGAACCAGAGUUGAGGUUUGCAGGGCAGUCUGUAUGAACUCUGAACUUAGUUGGCUCAGAUGUAGUAAAUAGAGGGCAUUGCAAGAGACAUAUUAUAAGAAAGAAUUCUGUUAUUCUUGCCUGACAAUGUGCUGCCUGCCAACUCUCCUUUUAUAAGAAAGAACUAAUUCUGAUAAAUUUUUCAAUGUGAUAGCGUAGCAUUAAUUGAUAUUAAAAUUCUUCAUUUUGAUCAAUAGAUUUGAGAAAUCCUAAUUAGUAUAUAAUAGACUGGACACAACCAUCUGCCCCCUUUCCCUCUAUCCUCAUGGGGAGAAUAAAGAGAACCUGUUCCAGAUCAACGAAUAAAUGAUUUUAAAACUCUACACUGAACAAAUGCCAGCCAAUAGUGACUUUUCUUUUUCACUUUGAUGUCAGCCUCAGGGUAAAAAAAAAACAAACAAAAAACGUGUUUAUAAGAAAGAGUCUCAUAAAUCUUGGGGUUAUGAACAGUAAGGUUUUUAUAUUAGUGCAACUUUCAUUUCUAGACUGUUUUGGUGAUGAUAAAGCAUUUGGAGCCAUUUUUGAUAUGUGACUAUAUUGUUUUUACAUGUGGUGAUUAAAGCUUUCCAUAGCAGGG